AAAGAGCGCUAUGGAGCGCGGAUUGAGAGCAAGUGAGGGUAGAAAGAUGUACUUUGCUUCUCAGUUCUUCACCGCUGUCCUCGCCGCUGUCCUCGCCGUCGGUGUCAAAGCCGUCCCGACGCCUGAGGAUUGGAAGACCGCUCUCGGAUGGGACGGUGCUAUCCUCCCCGCCUCGGCAUUCGGCACAUCCAUGCCCAACGCCACCGACGCAGGACUCAGCAAACGAAACAUCGGCGGGAUCUACAUCUGCACGGACAUCAACUUCAGCGGCACGUGUGGCUACGCCGUGCAGCCGAUCAACAGCUGCAUCACCCUCGGCAGUGACUGGAACAACAAGAUCUCCAGCAUCGGACCAGAUCAGGGCACCGGGGUGACUUUGUACGGGAACGCGGGCUGCAACCCAGAUGUGUGGGGCACUCCGACGAUCACGUACCCCGGUAACGCGGAUCUGCGCACGAUCGGGUUUAACGACCAGGCUUCGUCUUUCUGGGUGUUUGCCACGUAGAAGGAAUGGCUGUGGGGUUAAAUGAGUACUGUGUAGCGACCUUAAGAGGAAUGGAAGGACAUACGACGCUCUGUAUAUCAAUGAUAAGUUUGUCACGAUGCGGAAGGUGCAAUUUUGAGGUAGUGAGGCAUCAAAACCCAGCCCAUUGCAUCAGAUCUGCAGUUCCACGCGGCAUUGGAGGGAAUGUAAAGCUGGGGCAAGGCGAGGGAGCUAUCGGAUCCCAGAUCGGACCAGAAGGUCUGUCCUGACGGAGAGCUGUGUGCACGGCCCAGCGAGACGUCGAAGAUGUGGAGGUCGGCGUGCGUUACCUAUGAGCCAUUGAAGAAGAUUUCCGUGCGCCUUCCUCAUUCGCGAUCUCGAUCAGGAAGCGGACGAGACCAACGGAGCGUGCAGCGUCCAUUCGUCACAGUGGCGAAGUUGGGCGGCGGCAGGUAAAGAUCUUCUCAUGGCUGUGAUUGCUUGCGUUCAUUGGCGAGAGGAAGAAGCGGAGCGGAGGUUUGAUAGGUUUCGAGAUCGUUUGAGCCAGUCAUGCCACCAGUUUAUGGCUCGUUUUGACCAAGUACACAGCACAGCCUUGACGUGGAAGAGGACGAAAAGCGGAGGGUUUGUGACCAUCACGCGUCACAUUCCAUCUUUCUCAAGUCCCAAUGCACGAAUGCUUUAUCAUUUUUUCUAACGAACACACUUCAGCCAGCAUCAGCGACAGAGAAUGACCCGCUCAGCCUCGGCGCGUGACCACGAUUCUCGAUUUACUUUCGGCGCCCUCCUCAACCGUGCUGCGCAUCGCGAUCAGUUGAUAAGUACCCUACACGCCUGUCAUCUUGCUGAAUAUCUGCGCCUAUCAAGCCGCGUUCGAUCGAGAAGACCAUCUCCCCCGUAUCGGCGUGAGACCCCACUCCAUCAAGAAGCAACUCGAGCAAUAGAAAGAGUACAUAACCCGCGGGCACGGGACCGGGCGUCCGAGCGGAUCCUUAUCGUCUCUCUCGACACUCCCCAUGACCUCCUCUCCCACCGCAGACGAGAAACGCUCCGUCUCCUCCGACUCCGACAGCGACGUUCAGCGGCGGGGCGGGGCCGUAGCCGUAGCCCAAGUCUACAACCCUGACUUGCAGAGCGCGGUGCGAAAGACAGAUUUGCAUGGCUUCAGCCGACGGAGCUUCAUGCUGUACUUUGUCGUGAUGGUCGGCUUCCUUAACGCCGUGUCGAGUGGAUUCGACGGGAGCUUGAUGAGCGGGAUCAACGCCAUGCCCCAGUACCUGAACUUUUUCGAUUAUGCGUCGGUCGGAAAGUCGACGGGGAUUGUGUUCAUGAUCUACGUAACGGGAAACUGCGCCGGCGCUUUGUUCGCCGGACCCGCUACGGAACUGUACGGUCGGCGCGGGGGAAUGUUCGCGGGCGGACUGUUCAUUCUCAUCGGCGCGAUCGUCAGCGUGACUGCUCAAGUCCGGGGCGCGUUCCUGGCUGGUCGUUUCCUCCUUGGAUUCGGGAUCGCUAUAUCAACAACUGCCGCGCCGACAUGGGUGACAGAAAUUGCUCCUCCGCAGUGGCGCGGCCGACUUGGUGCCCUGUACAACUCGUGCUUCUUCAUUGGCAGCAUACCUGCAACUGGCUCCAUGGUCGGAACGGCCAAAAUCAACACCACCUGGGCAUGGCGGCUUCCCCUCGUACUGCAGGUUGCGCCGCCCCUGAUCGUGAUGAUUUCUGUCUGGUUCUGCCCAGAGUCCCCACGAUGGCUCGUCUCGCGCGGUCGGGCCGAGGAAGCGCGACAGAUUUUGAUCGACUACCACUCGAAUGACGGCCAAAGCAACCCUGUGAUCGAGCUGCAGAUGGAGGAGUUUGAGCGGCAGAUCGCGGUAAAGCGGGAAGAUGCUUUCUGGGAUUACAGCUCCCUAUUUCGCACCAGGAACCGCCGCUGGCGGAUGCUGUGUUUGUCUCUCAUGUGCUUGAACGGGCAACUCGCCGGGAACGGACUGAUAACUUACUUCCUCACGGUGAUGAUGAAGAACGCAGGAGUUACAAGUCCGCACAAGCAGCUUGUCUAUAACUUUGCCAAUUCGCUGCUAUCAGCGGGCGGUGCGUUUCUUGGCGCCUCGCUGACGGACAAGCUUGGACGUCGGCGCCGGCUCUACCUCGGAUCGCUCAUUCUAGGUGGUCUGCUUGCUGCUGUCGCUGCGUUGUCGGGCAAAUACGGCGUCGCGGGAAACAAGAAUGUCGCUGGGGCCAACGCGUCGAUCGCGCUGAUUUUUGUAUUCGGAAUCGUCUAUGCAUUUGUGUACACCCCCCUGCAGGCCCUUUAUUGUGCGGAAGUUAUGAGCCAAGACAUGCGUGCCAAAGGCAUGGCGGUGCACGUUUUGAUCUCGAAUUGCGCGGGAUUCAUCAACACGUUCGCAAACAGUGUAGGAUUGGGGAACCUCGGAUGGAAGUACUACUUUGUAUUUGUCGCGUGGGACGUGAUUGCUUCCGGGCUGUGGUAUCUGUUUUGUGUGGAGACGAACGGGCGCACCCUCGAGGAGUUGGACGAUAUCUUCGACGCACCCUGGCCCGCGCGAGCGAGCACAAAACAGGUCCUCGUCAAGAUCAGUGAGACUGGGAGGGUGGAUAUUGUCCAGGAGAAGUCAUAGUUGUCCAUCAAAGAGCUGCAAUUCAUAGUUCUCCAUUCUAUUCAUCAAUACGCUUGCAUCGAGUACUGAGGAAUCAAAACACAGCUCGAGUCGGAAA